AUGGACGAGCCGGAGGACCGUAUGUGGAGGAAGACCCGACCAACGACAACAUCUCCUAAUUGCCCUGGAGUGGACGGCAACAGGAACUUUGACUUCCACUGGAAUGAGGUCGACGCCGACAGCUAUCCCUGUUCUGAUGUUUACGCUGGUCCUCAGGCGUUCUCGGAGCCUGAGACGCAAGCUCUCAGAGACUACAUCUUGGCCAACGCCGACCGCAUCAAGCUUUACCUAACGUUCCAUAGCUUCGGAGCCUGCAUACUCUACCCGUGGGGUUACACUAGCGAACUGCCUGACGACUGGGAAACUUUGGACGCCUUGGCACAACUAGCAAACGCCGCCCAGGAAGCAGCGGGGGGUCCUCGUUACGAGAUCGGCAGCUCCACAAACGUCUUGUACGCAGCUGCCGGCGGCAGUGAUGACUGGACCAAGGGCGUUGGUGGAGUAGCCCUCUCCUACACCAUUGAACUUCCCGAUGGCGGCUCGUACGGUUUCGAUCCUCCAGCGUCAGACAUCCUCAAAUUGGUGACGCCAUUCUUCGAAGCCGUGCGCGUCUAUGGGCAAUAUAUUGCUGAUAACUACUGA